CUGCCUCCCUCCUCAGCAGUCACACUUUUACUUCACCGCUUGAAGAGUGAGAGAGCAGAAGAACUCUGCCGAAAGAGCUUCCAAUGGCGGCGGUGGGGAGCGCUUUGCUAAAGCACCUGAGGCUGAGGGUGCAGGUUCAGGCCGUGCCCAGAAACCCUAGUUACGUGCUCUCCUUCAGCGAGAUACGACGCCGUUUCUUCUCGGAGGACGUUAGGGGCUCCUUCCUCGACAAAUCCGAGGUCACGGAUCGGGUCAUCUCCGUUGUUAAGAACUUUCAGAAGGUCGAUCCUUCUAAGGUCACACCAAAUGCCAAUUUUCAGAGUGAUCUUGGGUUGGAUAGUUUAGAUACUGUGGAGAUCGUGAUGGCACUUGAAGAGGAGUUUGGAUUUGAGAUUCCUGAUAAUGAAGCGGACAAGAUUAACUCCAUCAAUCUUGCUGUUGAAUUCAUUGCUUCCCAUCCUCAGGCAAAGUAGAGAGGAAGUAUGAUGCCUUAUGAUUUUCAUAUGUUUUUUCUUUUUCUGUGACUAACUAGGUAUCAGUAGAAAUCUUGAAUAUUUGAACCUUUCAAUUUCUUUAUGCUUUCUUUUCCCCCGGAAAUUCUACUUAGUUUUACAGCUCUUUUGAAUCCUGUGUAAGGAGUAUUCUUUGGGCAUGUGACAACUUCAAUGCUGUUUCUCCAGUUGAUGGAAACUGAGUGUUUUGAGCGAAACAACCUGUUAAAAUUGCCUUCAUAUGUAUCAUUUAAAUAAAAGAGAUGUCGGUUAGUUUAUUUUGAA